UCAGCAUUUUGACCCAAUUCUUAUUGGUCGAGACUGCGCAUACGUGAUGUUAUUACACCUUUCUUUUUACAUAGUUCUAAGCUCAUUUACAUUAAAUAGACGUUGGUGGCGGUAGUAUACAGCAAUUUCAAUGUGUCAAUGAAAAAAGCCGGGAUUGCCGGUCUCAGGCUUCUUUCCGAUAUUAAUAUUGAUAAUACAUAAUACGUCUAAAACAUUAUGUAAUGUUGUUAAAAGGAGACAGACGUAUAUUUGCAUAUCAUUAAUAAUGUUUCAUUUCGAGGGCGGACUGCAAUUGUUAUCGAGAUUCAGCGAGAGACCACGUUCAAUUAACCUCGAUAAUGUUCUAUUCUCGACUGAUAUUGACAAUGAAAGUAUCAUAGAAAUUGUUGGUGCUUCGUCCACUGGAAAGACUCUGUUACUGUGCCAAUUUAUAGCGAGGUGUAUAUUGCCCGCGCGGUAUAAAGAUAUCGAAAUUAGCGGAUGCAAUGUCCACGUAGUACUGAUUGAUACAUAUGGUCAUGUAGAGAUGAGCAAGAUAGCUGAACUCAUGACUCCCGUGAUACACAAUGCGUACCAAAUAGCCGGUGUAGAACUAUCGGAUGAAGUAGUAGAUCAUGUCAUACACAAGUCUUUAGAAAACUUGACAGUGAUUAGCUGCUGCAACAAUGAGCAGUUCCAACUGACUUUGCAUAUGCUCGAGGAUGAGCUCCUCAGCAAUGAAAAAAUUGCUCUGUUAGCUAUAGACAAUAUAUUGGCGUACUAUUGGCAGGAGAGAAGGAUAAAGGGAAUUCUCAGUAUGGACAACUAUACCAAAGACUUACUCAAAAUCAUUCGGAUUCAAACAUCUCAAUUUCAUAUGAUAACAAUUUAUACAAAAUGGGAUGGACCAGUGUCCAAGUACCAAUCACAUUCCAAUCUGUUACAAGGAACGGGUAUAAAUUAUAGGUUGCAUCUUUACAAAAAUCCUGUAACUCAUGAGUUUGUAUGUCAUGUACAAUCUACUGAUGAUAUAAAACGGAUUUGUUAUACAAUCUCUGAUUCUGGCAUAAAAUGGAUUCAGUGAUAAUUUAAAUUAAAAUAAUGUAUCAAUAAUUAAUCGAUGAGAGAAGGAUCUUAUCCACUAUGUCUGAUGGCUUUAACAGUCUUGAACCUCCUAUUGUUAUUUGACAAUUUGAAUUAAAUGAUGAUAUAAUUUCUU